AUGGUCGCCUCCACCUCCUCCUCCGCGGUGGCGUCGCUGAUCGACCAGCUGUUCGCCGUCACCCCGCUCGCCGACUCCUCGCUCUCCAUCAAGGCCCUCACCCUCGCCAUCGUCCUUCCCUUCGUGGCAGUCAUCCUCAACGUCGCCUCGCAGCUCCUCCUGCCCGCACGCAAGUCCUCCCCACCCGUCGUCUUCCACUUCGUCCCCAUCAUCGGCUCCGCCAUCUACUACGGCAUCGACCCGUACAAGUUCUUCUUCGAAUGUCGUGCCAAGUACGGCGACGUCUUCACCUUUGUCCUUCUCGGGCGUCGCAUCACCGUCGCGCUCGGUCCUAAGGGCAGCAACCUCGUGUUCAACGCAAAACACCAGCAGGUCACCGCCGAAGACGCCUACACGCAUCUCACCACGCCCGUCUUCGGAAAAGAGGUGGUGUACGACGUGCCCAACGCCGUCUUCAUGGAGCAGAAGAAGUUUGUCAAGGUCGGACUCAGCAUCGAGAACUUCCGCGCGUAUGUGCCGCAGAUCGUCGAUGAGGUCGACGAGUACCUCAAGAGCGAUCCUCGUUUUGCUCCCCUCCAAAAGGGGGGGAAGACGUUGGCGGUGGACAUCUUUCAAGCCAUGUCCGAGGUCAUCAUCCUCACCGCAUCCCGUACUCUUCAGGGCAAAGAGGUUCGUGAAGGACUCGACAAAUCCUUCGCCCAACUCUACCACGAUCUCGAUUCCGGAUUCACCCCGAUCAACUUUGUCAUUCCCAACCUGCCGUUGCCGUCCAACUUCAAGCGCGACCGCGCGCAGAAGAAGAUGUCGCAGUUCUACCAAGAUAUUGUCGCCAAGCGCCGCGCCGCAGGCGUAUCCGACGACGGCACGGGCGAGAACGACAUGAUCGCCGCCCUGAUGCAGCAGAAGUACAAGAACGGGCGUGCGCUCAACCCGGUCGAGAUCGCGCACAUGAUGAUCGCCCUCCUCAUGGCGGGUCAGCAUACUUCGUCGGCCACCUCCUCCUGGGCCUUCCUUCGAUUGGCCUCUCGACCGGAGGUGAUCGAAGAGCUCUAUGCGGAGCAAGUCAAGGUGUAUGGAUCCGAACUGCGCGAAUUGGACUACGAGACGCAGAAGACCUCGGUACCGUUGCUCGAUGCGGUGGUCAAGGAGACGUUGCGAUUGCAUCCGCCUCUGCAUUCCAUCAUGCGCUACGUCAAAACCGACCUCGCAGUUCCCGCCACUCUCGCUGCGCCUUCGUCCACCCGGAAUGAUGCAGGGUAUGUGAUUCCUAAGGGACACUACAUCAUGGCUGCACCGGGUGUGUCUCAAGUCGAUCCCCUGUUGUGGGCUUCAUCCGACCAGUUCCAACCGCAUCGUUGGCUCGACCCUUCCUCCGCCGCCAUGCAGGACGCCGGGGAUCAGCAGGAGGAUUUCGGAUUCGGCAUGAUCAGUACGGGAGCUAACAGUCCCUACCUCCCCUUUGGCGCCGGACGUCACCGUUGCAUCGGAGAGCAGUUUGCGUAUUUGCAAAUUGGAGUCAUCAUCGCCCACUUUGUGAGGAAGUUCAAGUGGGAGCUGGAGAGCAAGUUCCCCGAUCCGGACUAUCAGAGUAUGGUAGUCCUGCCGAGCAAGGAGGGGAGCAAGAUUCGGUUGACUGUGCGGGAGUAG